CCUCCUCGCAUUAAAGUAAACGAACUCCAGAAAAUCAAACAUAUUUUAUACUCAAAUCUUAUACUUUGAAUAGUACCAGCAAGCCGCGCCAAAAAAUAUCGGUCUAUCGGCUAAUCGUUUUUUACUGCGCGAAGCCAGUUCCACCACUGAAUUCGGACGUAAACAACUGCGUACACGGGGAAAUAAGAAAAGUUCAGUGGGUUGGCACGCAAAGAAGGCAACAUAGAGAAUUAGGAACGACCUCAUCAACGAUGGACGUAGAGGAGGAUCCCGUGCCCAGCGGAGCGGCUUCCGCUUGUAAACGCCAGAAGCGGAACACUGAUUCCCUGGACGACGGGCAACUUGAAGACGCGGCGCAGGUUGGCGAGGAGAAGACUGACAUUAAAAUCCAGCCUGUAAUCGACUGCACCACAGUCACAACCAACAACAAUAAUAAUGACAUGUUGGGUAAGGAAUAUUCGCUGCAAGGGGAAACAGAGCAGCCGGAAAAAGAGAUAGAGAAGUCUGAGGAGGAUCCGACUAAGAAUAUGAGUUCGGAGAAGGAGAAACAGGUGGAGGAGCAGUCCGUUGAAGAACAGCCGGGGACCUCCAAACUCGAGUGUCAUUUAUCACCACAAGCCGCCAGUGCCGUGCUGGCUUCCAAUAAGCCAAAGUUCUCCAAUACCGUCGACAGUGACGAUGACCCGCCUAUGUCUCCGCCACCAGGUGACGUUCCCUCUGCAGUAACUUCGCCCAGGUUCAACCAGCGAAACAUCCCAGCCACACGCUCUUAUCGUCGCCUCAACGUAGAGCUGAUUGGCACGAUGGUUGAUUCGGAAUCCAACGAUUCCGAUGUGGUCGAUGUAAGGGAGGACACCGAAGCUGCGGAAGUGGAUAGUGAUGACCCUGUGGCCGCAACAGUGGAUCAGCCUACAGACGAGUCCGGAGAAGACAGUUCUUCCAACGAUGAAAUAGUUAACUAUUCACUUUCUAGUGAUUCUUCAUCUACUGAGUCAUUCCAGGGCGAAGUAGAGGCUGACGAGCAUUUCAAUUCCGACGACCGUGAGAAAAUUACUUGCGCUGUAAAUGAAGUGUUGUGCAAGUGCAAACCCAAGUACAAGUGGAACUGCGACCAAGAGCUGUUGCAUCGGGAGCACAACAUAAUCAAUCGGAUUGGUUGGCGUGGCGGCCACACUUCAGCCCAAAGUUUUGGUCAAGGAUUUUACGCUUCCCGUCAAGUAGUGGAGCAGAUGACCCGGCUUAGUUCAUUGAACCAACACGAAGGUUGCGUCAACUGUCUUAACUUUAACCGGGCGGGUGACAUGAUUUGCUCCGGUUCUGAUGAUCUCCACAUCGUCGUCUGGGAUUGGGCAAACGAAAAGCCGCUGCAUCGUUUUCGCUCUGGUCACAGUAUGAACAUCUUCCAGACCAAGUUUAUUGACAGCGCAGGCUGCUUAGACAUAGUGUCUAGCAGCCGUGAUGGCCAGGUACGCCGGUCCGUCAUACCCCCCUCCGGAAGCAUCAACAAGCCAGUGCGCCUAUACACUCAUAGUGAUUCCGUGCAUAAGAUAGUCGUGGUGCCCCACAGUCGACACGAGGUGAUGAGCGCCGGCGAAGAUGCGGCGGUAAAACAUUUUGAUUUGCGAAUAAGCAGCGCGGCCACUACACUGCUGCGCUGCGUCUACCAAGAUGAAAAAGAGCGAAGCCGAGUUCGUCUAUUCAGCAUCGCCCAUCAUCCGUAUGCGCCGGAAUUUUGCAUCAGCGGAGCCGACGACAAAUUGCGGGUCUAUGAUAAGCGCAAGCUAACGAAACCCCUCUUGGAGAUGACCCCGAGCAAUAUAAAGGAUACCAAAAUCACGCAAAUAACCUGCGCCGUCUACAACUACAGCGGCAGCGAGAUUCUGGCCUCGUACAACGAUGCCGGCAUUUAUCUAUUCGACAGUCGCAACAACAAGGACGGCGACUACUUGCACUCUUACGAGGGCCACAUCAAUAGCCGCACCAUCAAGGGAGUCAACUUUUUCGGUCCCCGAUCCGAGUAUAUUAUCAGCGGUAGCGACUGCGGAAAUAUAUUCUUUUGGGAUAAAAACACUGAGGCGAUAAUAAACCUAAUGAAGGGCGACCACGCUGGCGUUGUUAACUGCCUUGAGCCACAUCCGUGGAUGCCAGUGCUGGCCACCUCUGGCCUGGACAACGAUGUAAAGAUCUGGACGCCAAAUGGCCCUACUAAGAUCGUACCCGACGAGGACUUAUUAAAACACACGCUGCAUCGCAAUUUUAAGCGCAACAUUGCGGAAAGUGCUGACUUCGACCAUUAUAACUUCCAGUACUUUAUCCGAGGGUUCCUGGGCGACUCCGGGCUCCGAAGCGGCCGAUUGCCGCGCAUUAAUUGGCCGCGCGAACAGCAUAGCUCUAGCUCAAGCGAAGACUCCAGUCCCUCCAAUCCGACUCCCCAGCGGCGUAGCAGUAACAGUUCCGACGACAUCAAUGGCGAGGGAGCAGCCGCCGCUGCUGCGCUAGACACGCUGCACUGCCGUACGCAGUGAGCCUGCAGCUGUGGAUGAGCUUCGAAAGCCAUCCUCAGCCAUCGUUUAAUGUUAAAAAGCGUUUCUGAAGCUGUGAAUUUGUAACCGUAACACAUAAGUGGGCAUGAUCUAUUUUUAAACUGGAGUUAAUAAAUGCUCAAUGAGAA